CUCUGCCAGAGCAGUCGGUGGAAGAGAGUAACCCCUCGUCGCUAGCAUAGACGGACUGAAAAUACAGGUCGAGCAUUACUGGACUCUGGAGAGCUUUGCCACCCGGGUUGCCGUCGAGCAUUUUUUUUCUACUUAAAUUAUUUUUUUGUUUGCAUCCUGACUUCUCCACAUUGAGAGCUGGGGACAUUUGCUUGUCAGCUAACUUCCACAAUAGGUCGCUGCGUCGCCGGACUGCUGCAUAUGUUGUAUUUGAGCUUAACAGUUUGACUCCAGCCCUUCCAGCCGAGCCCAAUGCUGAGGAAUGGAUAGUGUGACUGCUAACGGUGGGAAGAUGGUCGAGAGUGAUGAGCAGCCGGAGAGGGAUAGUGGCGGUGGCGGCGGUGGUGGCGCAGCGAUGGCCGCACUACAUCAAUGCGAACUCAUCCAGAAUAUGAUUGAAAUCUCCAUCUCCAGUUUACAGGGACUACGGACCAAGUGCGCCGCGUCCAACGACCUCACACAGCAAGAAAUCCGCACUUUAGAGGUGAAGCUGAUGAAAUACAUCUGUAAACAGCUGCAGUGCAAGCAGAAAGUGCCAGAGACAGAGAGGCCUGAGGCCCUAGACCGCUAUCCACACUUACGAGACUGGCUACGCACCAUAAACCUGCGACCAGAGACCAUUGAGGCAGUAGCAGCAAAGUUAUCCCUGGAUGCCUUACUGCAGAUGACAGGUGCUCAGGUGAGGGACACAAUGCGAAGACUAGGCUCCAGCUCAGAAGAAUGUGCCAGGCUGAGUGCUGCCCUCUCCUGUCUGAAGAGUGCGACUGAAUCAGGAGGUGAAAUGAGAGAAGAUGCCAGUUUGUGGUUAUCCGAGCCGACAAGAAGGGACAGUGGCUCUCUACUGACUGCAGACCAGCUAACAAACCUGGGGACUCCCCUCCGUGCUCACAGUCCCUCACCUCUCGCCCGCCCAUCCACCAUCCACUCCACUCCAUCCACCCCCAGCGCCACCUUCCCUCAUCCCCGCUCGGGCUCCAUGUCUGCAGCACCCACGCCUGACGCUCUGGCAUCACAUCUCCACUGCGAAAGCCCCCUCACAGAUCCGUUCCCCAUGUCCUUCGCACGCACAGCCCGACUCCAUGGACACACCUCCACCCCACCCAUAACCCCGCCUUCAAAGAGGCGCCACAGACUCAAGCCCCCAUGCACCCCUCCACCUCCGUCCCGCAAAGUGCUGCACCUACUGCCCAACAUCACCCUGACGCGCAGCAAAAGUCACGAGUCCCAGCUCGGCAAUCGUAUCGAGGACCCACCAACCAACAAGUGUGUUAAAAAGAACAAGCUGCUCCUGAAUAUGCAAGUCAAUGGGAAUGGAUGUGAGGACUCACCUUCUCGUUACCCCAUCAUACCUGCACGCACCCCUGGAGUCACCCCAGUAGCCACCCCAGCAGCUUACACCCUGCCCGGCACACCCACCCUGCUAGAAGAACACAGCACCAUAAAGAAUAAUGUAGCAGUGCAUCGCAGCUCCCCACAAGCAGUGAGGAGGGACAUCGGCCUUGCAGUCACACACAGGUUUUCAACCAAGUCCUGGCUGUCACAAACAUGCCAGGUGUGCCAGAAGAAUAUGAUGUUUGGGGUUAAGUGCAAACACUGUCGGUUAAAGUGCCACAACAAAUGCACAAAGGAAGCUCCAUCCUGCAGAAUCUCAUUUCUACCAAUCGCCAAAAUUCGGAGGACUGAGUCUGUUCCUUCAGAUAUAAACAACCCUGUGGACAGGCCGCAAGAAGCACCGCAGUUUGGCACACUACCAAAGGCCAUUACAAAAAAGGAUCAUCCUCCAGUGAUGAACCAGCUUGACUCCAGCAGCAAUCCGUCCUCCACCACCUCGUCCACACCUUCCUCCCCUGCACCUUUUCAGCAGAGCAACCCCCCCAGUGCUACUCCACCACCCAACCCAUCACCCAAAGGCCAUCGGGACAGUCGCUUCAACUUUCCAGAUGUUUCCAGUCCAGCUAAUUUGCACCCUGAUGUCCUACAAGAUACUGUCAAUGAGACGGAGAACCUGGCAGAUGAUAUACACGCGGAGCUGGUAGAAGACGAGGAUGAAGAGGAAGGAGAGGAGGAAAUUGAAGUAGAAGAUGAAGACCCUGAAGCAGAGGAUGACAAUGAAGAAGACGAAGAGGAGAAUGAAGAUGAAGGCGAAGAAGAAGAUGAAGAAGAGGAUAUGAGAAUGAACGUCGGCUCAGAUGGUGAGAUGGAUGGCGACGAACUCGAUGAUCUGCCCAGCUCCAGGGGGAACCAGUGGAAGGGCCCCAUCUCCCGUAAGGCGAGCCAGACCAGUGUUUACCUGCAGGAGUGGGACAUCCCAUUUGAGCAGCUAGACCUCGGAGAACUCAUUGGAAAAGGCCGCUGGGGUAAAGUGCACAAAGGUCGAUGGCAUGGAGAGGUGGCGAUCAGGCUUCUUGAGAUCGACGGGAACAAUCAGGACCAUCUGAAGCUCUUUAAAAAGGAGGUGAUGAACUACAGACAGACGAGGCACGAGAACGUGGUCCUCUUCAUGGGGGCCUGCAUGGCUCCGCCUCACCUAGCCAUCAUCACCAGUUUCUGUAAAGGGAGGACGCUGUAUUCCGUAGUUAGAGACACGAAAAACACGUUGGAUAUCAACAAGACCAGACAAAUUGCUCAGGAGAUUGUAAAGGGAAUGGGCUAUCUGCACGCUAAAGGCAUUGUUCACAAAGACUUGAAGUCCAAGAACGUUUUUCAUGACACCAAUAAAGUGGUGAUCACAGACUUCGGGCUGUUUGGGAUCUCUGGAGUUGUUCAGGAAGGGAGGCGUGAGAACAAACUCAAACUUCCGCAUGGCUGGAUUUGUUAUCUUGCACCAGAGAUUGUGCGCAGGAUGAGUCCAGGUAACAAUGAGGACCGGCUUCCUUUUUCCACAGCAGCAGAUGUGUACGCAUUCGGCACCAUUUGGUAUGAGCUUCAAGCAAGAGACUGGCCAAUAACCAACCAGCCUGUAGAAGCUACCAUCUGGCAGGUGGGGAGCGGAGAGGGCAUAAAGAAGGUCUUGGCAGAGAUCAGCCUCGGCAAGGAGGUCACUGAGAUCCUGUCUGCCUGCUGGGCGUACGACCUGAGAGAGAGGCCGACCUUCACCCAGCUGGCCGACAUGCUGGAGAAGCUGCCCAAACUUAACCGCAGGCUGUCUCACCCAGGACACUUCUGGAAGUCUGCAGAGUUGUAGCGGUCACUCUGAAUCAUAAGCAAUGCAAAACAAAGCCUGGGUCUGCCUUGCAUGCUCCUGUAUCCUUAACUCUUACAGGAUUGAUCAAAGCAUUGCCUCUGCCUGCAACAGACACUGCUUCAACUAAUCACCAGUCUGAUCUUCCAUGUCUAACUGUCGCGUCUUUUUUUUUUUUUUUUUUUCUUGUCUGGAAGAGAGGAAUCGUCAGAAUGAGGCUUUCCCACCUUUAAUAUCUCUUUGCCUUCCUUUUGCUUUUGUUUUGUAUCAUUGUGCGGGACUCUGAAACUGGUUUUCUGUGCUGGGACUGACUGGUGUGCUGAUGGCUCCCCUCUUCUCUGUGCUGCUGUGAUGUUCUUCCCUGGACCACAUGGCUCUUUUUCUCUCUAAAAUACACAUGCACAUACACACUGCUGGACAUAAAAAUGGACCCCACUACCAAAUGGACUGCUUCAUUUUUUGUGUUUCCCCCCCGAGGGGUUGACACAUGUUUGACAGGCUGCUUGAGUGAUGUUUUCAAACCGACUGCCUCUCUGCUCCUCUCUCUUUGUUUUUAAUGUUUGUGUGACGGCAUGUGCACACCAGCUCAUGUUUACACACAGUAUGCACUUUGUCAUCAGUAAAAAACGGUUAUAAAAUCUUUUUGUUGUUUAGUUUGGUUUUGGAUAGUCAUAUUUGCAGUGUUUUAUUUCCCUCAGGAGGCUUGGACAGUGUGAUAUGCUCACUUUGUAUGUUGUCUUUAUGGAGUAUAACCUGCUAAAUUCACUGUAUGUUGAAUGAUUUUCAUAAAAAGGGCACUGAUGAAAGGUUUUGUACACUUAAUGAAGUUUAAAUGAAAAGAAAACGGUGAAAUAUUCCCUUCAUCUUUCACAAUCCACACAGGGAAUAGAACAAUGCUGGUUAUUUAUGAUUAAAGAGUUUUUAAUAAUAAUAUCCAUCCAUUGAGUGUAAAGUGCACCUUAUAAAGAUAUAACUUAUUUUGAAAGAUCCGUCUUUGAUGAAGAGGAGUGAUUUCAUUCUCUGCGCAAAAAAAGAUAAAUCAGGAACCUGGCGCAAAGUGUCCUAUAUCUUCCUAAGACAUUACCUCUUGUGCGCGCUUGUGUGUACUGUUUGUGAUCUUUGGCUUCAGUUGGCGUGCUUGUAUUAAUGUGUCGUGUGUGGGUGCAUGUGCGACCGGGUGAGCAUCCUGUGUUGGAAUACGUAGGGUUGGUUUUCGUGAAAGACUGCAGUAAAUGUCGUGUUGCAAAUCCAAGGGUAUGUAAUGUACAUACAUUAUUUAAUGUAUAGCAAAUGAACCGGAUUCUUCUAAUAUUUGUACAAACAUUUUCUAUGUAAAAUACAUCACGACAUUUUUCAAUAGGUACUGCUGUGGCUAUUACAGAUGUGUAUAUAUAUUUAUAUUUUUUUCAUGUAUAAAAUACUGUGUAUAAAAGCUGUACAAUUUUUUAGAAUGGGCCAAUACAUGUUUUUUAUGUUAUUGUAAAAUUCAUAUUUUUGUAUUGCAUGCGACUACCAUUCUGUACACGCAGUUUCUGUUUUCAUCCAUGAAAGACAAUAAA